AUGCCUCACACUCAAAUGUCCCGAAUUCAUGUGCGAUCAUCAGAGUCAAUCGACCGUUCCCUGUCAAAUUUAGCAGCCAACGAACCCAACACCUUCGACUUCAUUUUUCUGGACGAUUUUGAACGUGAAAGCUAUCUGGACGACUAUGAGCACGCCGUUCGCCUUCUCCGAAAUGGUGGUCUUCUAAUUAUUAAUAAGGCACUGCAACCAAUCGGCGGCGUACUGUCCGGUGUUAGAAUCAAUGUCUGA